AUGACCGUCGACACCCCGCUCAACAUCCGCAUCUCCAUCGAUCGAGGUGGCACCUUCACUGAUGUGCACGCCUCGAUCCCCGGCAGGGAAGACAUCAUCCUCAAAUUGCUGUCGGUUGACCCGGCCAACUACCAAGAUGCACCCACCGAGGGCAUCCGGAGGAUAUUGGAGCUGGCCACCGGCAAGCCGCACCCGAGGGGCGAGCUGCUAGACCUCUUCCACAUCGAGUCCAUCCGCAUGGGCACCACAGUUGCCACCAAUGCGCUCCUCGAGAGGAAGGGCGCCCGGUCGGCGCUUCUCAUCACCAAGGGCUUCAAGGACCUCCUGCUCAUUGGCAACCAGUCCCGCCCCAAGAUCUUUGACCUGUCCGUAGCGCGGCCAGAGGUGCUGUACGAGCAAGUCGUCGAGGUCGACGAGCGCGUCACGAUGGAAGACUACACUGAAGAUCCCCAGUCUGUCAAGACUGUCCCCACCGCAGAGGACGCCGAGCUGGUCACCGGCAUCACCGGCGAGACCAUCCGCGUCAUGAAGAAGCCCGACGCGGAAGCCGUCCAAUCGCAGCUCCAGAGGUUAUGGGACCUCGGCUACCGGUCGCUUGCCAUCGUCUUCAUCCACUCCUACGCCUAUCCCGAGCACGAGCUGUCCGUGGGCAAGCUCGCAGCCGACAUGGGCUUCUCCGUCACCCUCUCCUCCGCCGUUCAGCCCAUGAUCAACGCCGUGCCGAGAGGCAUGUCCGCCAUGGCCGACGCCUACCUCACGCCGGUCAUCAAGCUCUACAUCGACUCCAUCUCCGCCAACUUCAGGGGCGGGUUCGAGUCCCACGACACCCGCAUCGAGUUCAUGCAGUCGGACGGCGGUCUCGUCGACUUCCGCAAGUUCAGCGGUCUCAAGGCCAUCCUCUCAGGCCCUGCCGGCGGUGUCGUCGGCUACGCCCAGACCUCCUGGGACAGCGAGGAGAAGUGCCCCAUCAUCGGGUUCGAUAUGGGCGGUACCUCCACGGAUGUGUCGCGGUACGCUGGUGUGUACGACCACGUCUUUGAGACUACCACCGCCGGCAUCUCGGUGCAGUCCCCUCAGCUUGAUAUCCACACCGUGGCUGCCGGUGGCGGCUCCAUCUUGACCUGGAGGAACGGCCUCUUCAAUGUCGGCCCCGAGUCGGCCUCCGCCCAUCCCGGACCAGCCUGUUACAGGAAAGGUGGCCCUCUGACCGUGACCGACGCCAACCUGUUCGUCGGCCGGCUUCUGCCAGAAUAUUUCCCCAAGGUCUUCGGCCCGAACGAGGACGAGCCCCUGAACAGAGAAGUCACUGCCGAGAAGUUCAAGGUUCUUACCGAGGAAAUCAAUGAGGAGCGUCGCAAGAAUGGCAACACUCCCUUCACCGCCGAGGAGGUCGCCAUGGGCUUCCUGAAGGUCGCCAACGAAGGCAUGGCUCGCCCCAUCCGCGCUCUCACCGAGGCCAGGGGCUACGAGACCUCGAGCCACCACCUGGCCUGUUUCGGCGGCGCGGGCGGCCAGCACGCCUGCUCCGUCGCCGACGUCCUGAGCAUCUCCAGGGUCAUCAUCCACAAGUACUCGUCCAUCCUGUCCGCCUACGGCAUGUCCCUGGCCGACGUCGUCCACGAGGUGCAGCGCCCCGCCGCCCUGGCCUACUCCGCCGAGACCGAGCCCCAGAUCCGGUCCCAGCUCGACGAGCUCGUGCGGCAGGCCCAGGCCGAGCUCACCCAGCAAGGGUUCUCCCCGAAGCAGAUCUCCUUCAACGCCUACCUGAACAUGCGGUACGCGGGCUCCAGCAGCUCCCUCAUGAUCCUCAAGGGCGACGACUGGGACUUCAGGCGCGAGUUCGAGGCGGUCCACAAGCGCGAGUUCGGCUUCAACUUUGACGACAAGGCCAUCCUCGUCGACGACAUCCGCGUCCGGGCCAUCGGCGCCGCCCGCUCCCGCGUCGAGAAGAGCCCCUUUGCCCAGAUGAAGGCUGUCGAGAGCGCCGACGUCGCCGCUCCGGCCCAGAACGGCGCGAGCCGUGUGUACUUUACCGAGGGCGGCUGGGCCGAGACCCCUGUCUACGAGCUCCAGGGUCUGCCCAACGGCGCCCGCCUGACCGGCCCCGCCCUCGUCAUCGACAAGACCCAGACCAUCGUCGUCACCCCGGGCUCGGUCGCCACCAUCCUCGACAGCUACGUCGUCAUCGACCUCGCGUCCGACGACGCCGCCGCCGCGGUCCAGACCGAGCAGGAGGCCGAGUUCAGCCCCAUCCAGCUGUCCAUCUUCGGCCACCGCUUCAUGUCGAUCGCCGAGCAGAUGGGCCGCACCCUGCAGAAGACGGCCGUGUCGACCAACAUCAAGGAGCGGCUCGACUUCUCGUGCGCCAUCUUCUCGCCCGACGGCGGCCUGGUCGCCAACGCGCCCCACGUGCCCGUCCACCUGGGCAGCAUGCAGUUCGCCGUGCGGUACCAGCACCAGCUGUGGGAGGGCCGGCUCAAGGACGGCGACGUCCUCGUGUCCAACCACCCCAGCUGCGGCGGCACCCACCUGCCCGACAUCACCGUCAUCACCCCGGUCUUCGACGGCGACGUCAUCGCCUUCUACGUCGCCAGCCGCGGCCACCACGCCGACAUCGGCGGCAUGCUGCCCGGCUCGAUGCCGCCCACGAGCAGCGCCCUGUGGCAGGAGGGCGCCGCCAUCGAGAGCACCAAGCUCGUCAGCGCGGGCCGCUUCGACGAGGACGAGGUGCGGCGGCUGCUGCUCGUCGAGCCGGCCCGGCACGACGGCUGCUCGGGCUCGCGCAAGCUGGCGGACAACGUGUCGGACCUCAAGGCGCAGAUCGCCGCCAACGUCAAGGGCAUCGCGCUCAUCCGGGCGCUCAUCGCCGAGUUCGGCCUCGCCACCGUCCACCGCUACAUGUACGCCAUCCAGACGACGGCCGAGCUCGCCGUGCGCGACCUCAUGAGGGCCACGGUCGCCAGGCUCGGCCCGGAGCCCCUCGAGGCCGUCGACUAUAUGGACGACGGCACGCCCAUCCGGCUGCGCGUCAGCAUCGCCGCCGACGGGUCCGCCGUCUUCGACUUUGCCGGCACGGGCCCGCAGGUCCUGGGCAACACCAACGCGCCCAUCGCCAUCACCCACAGCGCCAUCAUCUACUGCCUGCGCGCCCUCGUCGCCUCCGACAUCCCGCUCAACCAGGGCUGCCUGAACCCGAUCGACAUCCGCGUGCCCGACGCGAGCAUCCUGAGCCCGGCCAAGGGGCUCGCCGUCGUCGGCGGCAACGUGCUGACCUCGCAGCGCAUCACCGACGUCGUGCUGCGGGCCUUCCGCGCCUGCGCCGCCAGCCAGGGCUGCUGCAACAACCUGACCUUCGGCACGGGCGGCAAGGACCCGGCCACGGGCGCGCACGCCGACGGCUUCGGCUACUACGAGACCAUCGCCGGCGGCGCCGGCGCGGGGCCGACCUGGCGCGGCACGAGCGGCGUGCACGUGCACAUGACCAACACGCGCAUCACGGACCCGGAGGUCUUUGAGAAGCGGUACCCGUGCGUGCUGCGCGCCUUCACGCUGCGCGACGGGUCCGGCGGGCGCGGCGCCAACCCGGGCGGCGACGGCACGGUGCGCGACAUCGAGUUCCGCGUCCCCGUGCAGUGCUCGAUCCUGAGCGAGCGGCGCAGCCGGCGGCCGUACGGCAUGGAGGGCGGCGGCGACGGCGCCAGCGGCGUCAACCUCAUCGUGCGCAGGGAUGAGGAGGGCCGGGAGAGCGUCGUCAACCUCGGCGCCAAGGCGACGACCAAGCUGGGCCGGGGCGACAGGGUCAUCAUCCAGUCGCCGGGCGGCGGCGCGUGGGGUAGCUUGGAGGUGAACGGUGUGAAUGGGCAUGCGUAG